AUGCUCCCCCCAGAUCCCCCAAAGCUCUCCCACCGCGACAUCGAUCCCAACGAAGACCUCUACGACGACGAUGUUGAUAUCAACUCGGACACUGAAAACACGGUCGAACUGUCGUCUACAGAGAUAAACAUCCUCAUCUAUCUCUAUCUGCUGGAAAGCAACUUUACACAUACAGCGUUUACGCUCUUGUCCGAGUCGAACCUCCCCUCGACGACUCUGUUCCAGCACUUUAACCCCUCCUACCCAACACCUUCAUCCUCCUCCUCCGCCGCCACUUCCAAAGCCAACAGACUCAACGCCCGCGCCAAAGACGCCCACCACCGCCCAGACUCAUCCCCCUCCGCCCCCGCCUUCGGCCGUGCAGGCGGCCGGAUCGAGAGGGGUGAGCUGGUGAGAAAGUUGUGGAAGGCGGUCAGGUGGGAAGAGGUGGAAAGGCAUGUGGGGUCUGGGGGGGAGGUGGUGGGGGGGCAGUGUCAGGGCAAGUUUCAUCUGUUGGUGCCGCAUGUUUGUCCGCAGGGGUUUCAGGCGGGGGGGUUGGAGGUGAGUGGGGUUGGGGAGGCGCCGCCGCCGAAGAGGCCUGAGGUUUUCCCUGCACCGGAGGAGCGGGAGAGGAGGGAAGAGAAGGAGAAGGAGGUGGAAAAACCAAAAACCAAAAAGAAAGCCCGCCGACCCAGCUCCUCCCCACCACCCCGGGACCGGGACCGUUCCCUCUCUCCUCCACCCAAGAAAUCAGCACAAGAAUCCAAGAAAGAAAAAUCUCGCAAACGCGCGAGGUUGAGCGAUGGUGGAGAUUCUGAACCAGCCCCUCCAAAGACGAAAAAGAAGGAGAAGGAGAAAGAGAAAGAGGGCGGGCUGAAAGUGCCAACUACAAGCGCUCAAGCGUCUCGGGCUACGACGCCUGGGGAAAGUAGGCCGAAUUCGAAGGGGAAGGAGAAGGAGCCGAAGAAGGUUGAGCUCGGGGAGGAGGUUUCGAGUGUGGCUUGGAAUCCCAAAAACGUCGACCUCCUAGCCAGCGGCUCUAACGACGGUUUCGUCCGUCUCUGGGAAUUCCUCCCUCCCCCAACCUCCUCCUCCUCCCCGCCCAACCCGAACCCAUCUCUAACCCUCCCAACCCGCCCAACCGGUAUCUCCCACAAAGGCAUCGAAUCCAACAAGAAGACCAUAACCGCCGUCGCCUGGCACCCCGACGGCACCAUCCUCGCCACCGGCUCCCAAGACGGUGUCGGCCGGCUGUUUACGCCGAGCGGGCAGUUGCAGGCGAUCAUGAGUUAUGGCAGGGGGGCGGUCAAUGCGAUGAAGUGGUCGCCUUCGGGGAUGGCGAUUCUGGUGGGGAAGGAUGAUUUUACGGUUUGUAAGUGGGUGGAUAGGGGGGGGAGUAUGGCUAUGAAGAUGUGUUUUGAUGCGCAUACUAAGGAAGUGAACGACGUAGAUUGGCUCGACGACGACGUCUUUGCCUCCGCCGGCAACGACCAUACCAUCCUCGUCCACUACGCCGACGACAAACGCCCCAGAUUCACAUUCAAAGGCCAUACCGACGACGUCACGAAAAUCAAGUGGUCCCCGCUUGUACCGGGGAAGCAGGUGACGGAGAGGCUGUUGGCGUCCGUGGCGGAUGAUGGGAGUUGUAUGAUUUGGAAGUUGCCAUAUUAUCCGUCGGGCCGGGGGGGGAGUGUAACCGCAGGAGGAGGGGGCGGGGGGCAGGGGCAAGGGUCGUUUGGGCCGACGGGGAGGUCGAUCUCGCCAGUGAAGAAACAUGAUCCCCUAAGCGACGAGGACGACUAUUUCCAUCAAUCCCAAUCCAACACCCCUCUCCCCGGCUCUGGCGCAGGCAAGGGCAAGGGGACGGGGGUGGAUAAUUGCCUGCAUAGGCUGAGUGUGGUAAGCGGGAGUGAGAAUAAGAGGAUGGACCAGCUCGAGUGGAUGCCCGCGAACGACACGGGCCGCUUGAUCCUCGCCGCGGGAGGGCAAGACGCCACCGUCAAGCUCUUCGACGCUCUCUCCGGUGAGACCCUCCACAUCCUCUCCGGCCUCGAAUCAGGGACAGGCAGCUUGGCCUUCAGCCCCAAGGCGUUCCUCGGGCUGGAAGGGGUGAAGGGGAAGGGCAAGGUUGGGAGACUGGGGGUACUGGCGGGCGGGGGGUGGGAUGGGGUGGCGAGGGUGUGGGAUGUGGAGAGUGGGAGGGUUAUUUGGGGGAUGGAAGUGGAGGAGGAUGAGAAGAAGAGGGAUAUUAGGGAGAGGCCUAUGAUGCUUUCGAUGGGAUGGAGGGAAGAUGGGAAGCAUUUGGCGUGUGGGUUGUUCAACAAGACGUUGUAUAUGGUAAACGUCAUGAAGGCGAUUGGGGGAAAGGAGAAGGAAAGCAAAUAG